AUGUCUCCAUUUUGCUUUCCUUUUAGAGAAGAUGAUGUCUGCUCAAGACAUGGCUAAAGUAAUGAUUGUCAUGUUUGCAAUUUGUUUUCUUGCCAAAUUGGAUGGGAAACCUGUUCAGAAGAGAGCUGUGAGUGAAAUACAGUUCAUGCACAGCCUGGGCAAACAUCUCACAGCGAUGGAGAGGGUAGAAUGGCUGCGGAAGAAGAUGCAGGAGGUGCACAAUUUUAUUGGCCUCAGAAUUCCUCUAGCUCUCAGAGAAGGGAGUUUCCAGAAGCCUCGAAAAAAGGAAGACAAUGUCCCAGUUGAGAGUCAUCACAAAAGUCUUGGCGAAGCAGACAAAGCUGACGUGGAUGUGUUAGUGAAAGCUAAAUCCCAGUGACACAGAUGUGAUCGGAGCUCUGCUCUAGCAGUGCCAGGGCAGCAAUGCUGGGCAACAAUACUACUUGCUGCUAACUUUUCCAACCACUGUUAAGAUUACCAAGUGCAAGGAUUUCUAAUGAUACCAAGCUUGAUGUGUAACCAGUGCCAUCCGUGACAGUUGCUAUUUUAACUGUUUCUUUUGAUUCUGCAUUUAUUCAU